UCACUCCCCGGAGAGCAAGUCUGCUCGUCUAAGGUAGUCUGAGUAGAGAAAGUAAUGAAGGUGGAAGGAGCUGAUGGAAAUCAAUUAUUGAGGAGAUUUAUGGAGUAGCGAAGUGAUAGCUGUGUAUUCGUCUCACCGGAACGAUAGUGGAUAACGAUACCAGGAAGUUGACAGAUAGCAUGCCAGUAGAGGUGACUCCACUGCAGAUGACGGAUCAUGUUGGCUAUGGACCAAGGAGUGGUGGAGGAAUGGCUGUCAGAAUUUAAGACCCUUCCUGACAGUGCUGUGUCCAACUAUGCCGCCUCACUAAAGGACAAAGGUGCUCUGGUCCCUGCACUUUACAAGGUCGUCCGAGAGAACUACAGCGAUUUGCUAGAGCCAGUGUGUCACCAGUUGUUUGAGUUUUACCGAAGCGGUGAGCCACAGCUGCAGCGUUUUACGUUACAGUUCCUGCCAGAGCUCCUGUGGAGCCUCCUGUCCGUCAGCGCAGCCAGAGACCCCCACACCUCCGGCUGCAUCGAGGCCCUGCUGCUGGGCAUUUACAACCUGGAAAUAGUCGAUAAAGAUGGACAGAGUAAAGUGUUAUCUUUUACCGUCCCUUCCCUCUCAAAACCCUCGGUGUACCAUGAGCCUUCAGCUAUUGGAUCCAUGGCCCUCACAGAAGGUGCUUUAGCCAAUCACGGGCUGAGCAGGGUGGUGUACAGCGGGCCACAUCUCCAGAGAGAGAACUUUACAGCACAAAACAGAUUUGAUGUGCUGACCUUCCUGUUGCUGUGCUACAACGCUGCUCUGAGCUACAUGACGUCCACCUCCCUGCAGUCCCUCUGCCAGCUCAGCUCCAGGGUGUGUAUAUGCGGCUACCCACGGCAACAGAUACGGCGCUAUAAAGGCAUAAGCACACGGCUCACAGUCACGUCAGAGUUCCUGGUUCAACUCAUCACAGGGAUACACUACGCCUUGUGUAAUGGGGAAGUUGAACUGGGAUCCAAAGCACUGGAUGAUGUCCUGUAUCGGGCCCAGCUGGAGCUUUUCCCUGAAGCUCUGUUGGUGGGUAACGCCAUCAAGUCGUCCCUGCAUGGCGCAGCACUGAAGAGCAACAACAAGGAGGGUGCGCGGAGUAUCCAGGUGGAGAUAACACCAACCUCCUCUAGGAUCUCCAGAAAUGCUGUCACAUCUCUGUCUAUCAGGGGACACCGCUGGAAGAGACACGACGCAGUGGAUCUGGGUUCCCCGGAUGAGCUGAUGGAUAUUUCUGAGGUGGAUGAAGGGGUGUGGCCAGGUGGGGUAGGGGCAGACAUGACCCCUCCCACCAUCACUAUCAGCAACAGCGUCACCACGUUGAACCUGGGGGCCAAGGCCAUGAAGAAGUGUCGGCUUGGCGGUCGGUCCAGCAAGGACAAGGACAAAGAAGCAGGCCUCCUAACAACUGGCCGGGCUGCCAGCGAAAACGCAGAGCUUUCUGUCAAGCGCCUGACGCUCACCUCCAGCCAAUCGGUGCCCAAAGCAGGAGCUCUCACCAGCCUGACGCGCACUGCCAGUGCCGUCUUCUCCCGGUCCUUUGAGCAGGUUGCCAGCGGUAACGCCCCUCCCAACAGCAACCACACCACUUCUGAAGCUGGCCGCUACUCAUGCAUCCUGCAAGAGGACGGGCUGGGAUACUUGAGUCCAGCGUCAAACCACACGCAGCGCUCUCCCAGCAUAAGUGUGCACCUUGGUUCUGACCUUUGAAACCGGUUUGACUCCUCAGUCCUGGAACCCUCUAUCCUGUGACCCUGUACCUGUGACCUGGAACUCCAAGCCAUGCCAACGUAAAUGGACCGUAAAUGAAACCCAUGAGCAUACACUCCCUUGUCACUCCAUUUUUAAGGUCUUUGUCUGUUCUGCUCCCCUUCUCCAUUCACAGUCUCCUCUGAACCUGAUGGAUGUCUGAUAUCAGGGGUAGAUCACUCCAAGGUUCAACAAUUUGUAAUAGUGCAGUUACCGUGAAGUGGUGGCAGGACAGAGCUGCACUCAGUUGCAGAGCAGCCCAUCGUAAACGGUUGCACUAAAAACUCCUUACUUAAAUACUGUGUGGAAAAGUAUUUGAAAAUUUGAAUUAUUUGAAUUGGCAUUUUUUGCCCUGCAUGGCUUUUCCAUACGUUCAUCCUGACCUCGUCUGGGUUUGUCAGAAGGCAGAUGUUGACUGUGUGAAUAUGCUUGAGUGUGUGUGUGCGUGCGUGUGAAUGUGUGUGUUUGUACAGUUGAUUUUUUUAGAAUAAAGGCUGCUGAUUGAUACAAUGAACAAGGUAUGAUUCUACAACUUAAAAGCGUUUCUACCCUUUAAAAAAAAAAAAGAAUAGUUGAUUCCUUCCCAUAGCAAUACAAAUCUCUUUUCUGUUUUCAUUCUUUUGGGAACAUUACCCAAACUCUUUAUUCACACUAGAAAAUCUGCACUCUUCCCUUAAAAAAACCCAUGAAAAACUACGACUAAAUAAUCAACCAGUAUGAUAAGAACUGAUCAUAUAUGUUUACAGCUGCACAGUAUUGUCAUCAUGAUGGAGAAGCAAUAUUUGUGUCUUUCCUUCCCUAUUUCUGCUCUAGCACUUUCCUCCAUUGCUGUGUAUUUGAUGGCACAAAUUAAAUCCAACUCGUAUAAAAUAAGAAUAAUUUUGAUCAUGGGGUGGAUGGCUGUAGAUGAUUUGUUAAGUAUUGAAUUUUGCACACGAAAGAUCAAACAAUUUGUGUUUUCAAUUUUGGUAUUUUCUUAUGACAAAAAAAGGUUUGACUCGACUAAGGUAUUUUCCUGUGACAGAUUCUGUAAAUGCGUUAUUGCUCUGUACUAAAACCACACCAACUGCACUGAUAUUCACUGAGGCAAAAUGAUGUGAUAGGAGUAAGAAUUGUAAACUGUAACUGCAGUUGAACCACUCUGUGUGUUCUGAAGUGGAAAAGGUGUACAGGGCAACAAUGCAUCUUUACCCUUUUUUGAUCCACCCACCAUUCCAGCUGUUUGUAGGACUCUGGUGAUGUGUUUACUGUGCCCCCCACCCACCUGCUACAUUCUAUAUCUUAAGUCAAACAUUCAUGCUGCCCCACCCUUACGCAAUAGUGUGUUCUGUUGUUUCUGUACUUGACCUGUCCAGUGUCCACACAGUAGCCUGGUGGGACAUUUACAAUCAAAGUGUUUCUGUAUGUGGGUUUACAGAAUGUGAAUGGGUAAGCUGUUGUUGUACAGCAUACUGUUGUACUAAAGUUGGUUUAUUUUGGCCUUUUUAUGUCUGAAGAUAACUCACUGCUACAACUUCUGGGAAUAAAGUGUUUCUAUAUUUCA